AUGAAUCUCAACAAGGUUUUUGAGACGAUGUCUCUGGAGGAAGAGGAGGUUCCGUUUAAUCUACCGGACUUACCGCAAUACAGUGCAAUGGAAAUUCAUAUGGUGAUGCGCAAGCGGGUCUGGACUUUUAAUGAGUGGAGUAUUGUCAUUGAUCGAUGGAUGGAGAAGCCACCAGUGGAUUAUUUGAAGUUCUUAUUGGUAUGGGUGCAACUUCGCAACAUACCUGUCAAUCACUAUACCAAGGAAGCCAUUACUGCUUUUGGUAGUUUUGCUGGAGAAGUCGAUGUGGUUGCUUUUGAUCCAACAAAAGCACAGAGUCAGGAAUACGUGCGAGUCAGAGUCUUCUUUGAUGUCUCACGGCCAGUUAGGAAGACAAAGGAGAGGAGGGAUCAAGCAGCUGAACGACGUAAGAAGAUUUUGCUUGAGAAGCAAAAUAGAGAAUUGAGGAUUCAGCCUGAUGACCCCUUAUAUGGUGUUUUGAGUGAUGAACAAGUGGGGUUGGAUGAGAUUACGGGAAGGUGCAAAAUCAACCCUGAGGUUCUACAAAGCAUGCGUGAAUACUUGUUAGCUGCUGAGGGAGGAGAGAAACGUGUGCGAGAAGAAAGAGUUAAAAACUCUGUUUCGGAGCUCGAAAGUGACCUGGCGAGGCAGAGAAACUUUCUGAGGCUGGAACCUUCACCCGUGGUGACUUAUGAGGUUGACAAAGACAAAGGUAGAGUCUUUGAUUAUGGGCUUAAGAAUGUUGACAACGAGGAGGUUUUAACAAGACAUGAGAAGCAAUAUCAGCUUGUGAUCAGAGAACCCACAUACACGGUUUCUGCUCCAGAACACGGUAGGAAACAAGAUGGGAGGGAACUCACAGAAGUUUUUGAAUAUUCAACGGGUUUUAGCUCUGGUUAUGCAGACGCUAACUCUUCCGGGACUUCAAAACUGAAAUGA